AUAAUUGUAGAUUUUACAUUUUAAAUUAAUUGCAAAAUACGAAGAACAAACUUUAUUAAAAUUAUGUAAUACAAUGGUGGCGGUGUUCUGCUUAAGAAAUUGCUUUUCAGAUUUGUUGAAAACAUGUUUUUGUGUAACUCAUUGACUUUUUUUAUUUAGGCCUUGUGGUUUUAGUUGUUCACUUAGGAAUCCUGUUAACGCCAACAAUUUAGCGGCAUUCAAAAAAUGCAUUUUUAGUGAUAUUUCGAUAGCAUUUCAUCAUUUAGUUUAAGGAUACAUUCGUUCGGAAAAUUAAAAACUUUCUGGUAUAUUCGACAAAAAAAAACUAGAACUAAUUUUAAAGUAAAUUACUGAUUUAUAUCUAUGGACACUACAGCGUGGAUUAAAGUUACGCACAUUUUUGGGACGCCACCGAUAUACCUAACGCAACUGAAUUAUUAUAUAUUCCAUUUUUAAAGAAAUGACAAUAGAACAGAAUAAUAGUAUAUUAUGCAACAAGUGCGGUAAUAGUAUAUUAUGCAACAAGUGCAGUAAACGGCAUUUGACUCACGAGUUUAUUUGACACGAGCGGAGCGUAGCGUUGAGUUAGUUACUUUAGUACUAUGCUGAUUCACUACUUCAUACGAUUGGUCGUAAUGUGAGACUCCCAUUUGUGCAACGCUUGAUCUAACGUACCUUAUUCUAUUGUUCAACUUGUUAUAUCAUUUAAUAAAUGCAGUGACAACCAAAACAACCAGACAAAAAUAAUUAAAAAAAAAUGCAUAGCAUUUAAUACAGUGUAUACCUACUUCGAGGUUAAGCUAUACGUGGAUUAGCUUACUCUAUAUGAAGUCUCAUGUAUGUAAUGGAUUGGCCAAAUUCAUCAGUUUUAAAAAUCAUAAUGCGAUAAGAAGAGACGAUAGGAGGCAGUAUUGAUAUUUGUUGUGGUUUUUCUAGCGGGUAGUCAUUCCGUGGCACUCGGAAGAAUUAAACCGCAUUAUUAAAUUUCAGCCGAUCAAGAUGUAUGUCUAUAUGGUGCUUCUGAUCUGCAACGUCCCUUUAAUAUCAACGAAGAUCCUCGAAUGUAUCGUCCAAUCGUCAGAGAAAACAAGAACGUUUCAUUCUUUGAGGGACUAUCAAGCCAACGACAUUCCAUUUGACCCUCGCCAUAUGGGCUUUCUAGGAAACCACGUUAAUUUCGAUUUCGUCUCCAUAGAUAGAAUUCCGAGGAACGCAUUCAUAACCUACAAUUCCGAAAACUUAGUAAGCUUAAGUUUGAGCAAAAAGGGAAUAGUAACGGUAGACCCCGGAGCGUUUAACAGCUUGUUUUGUUUACACCGUCUCGACUUGGACGGUAACUUUAUUGCCAACUUGUCUGCCGAAGUAUUCCAAGGGCUGGACACUUUAAGAGUGUUGAACCUUAGCGGCAAUAUGCUCGAGUUUAUCCCCCGAUUGCUGUUUAGCAAUUUGAGGAGCAUAAAACAAAUCGAUUUGUCGAAUAACGUCAUUAAGCGGAUCGAUAGUAUGGGCCUUCGCAACGCAACUACAUUGGAAGCGUUAUAUUUGGGCAAUAAUAAAAUCAAAGCGUUUCCGGCUACUUGUUUCGUGGAGUCGACAAAUUUGAAAGUGCUGGAUCUUUAUUCGAAUUUUCUUACGAUAGAAGGGGCGAAUAUGCUGCAGGGCCUCGAACGUUUGGAGUAUCUCAAUUUGUCGAGGAAUCACAUCGCGACAUUGAACUUCGAAAACGAUACUUAUGUGUGGGAGAAUCUAAAAGUUCUGAAUGUAUCGGGCAACGUCUUGGCAAAUAUCGAUGUUCCCGGCUUAAGGAAUCAUUUUCCGACGCUACGCAUGUUGGAUAUCAACGAUAAUAAUUUUCUUUGUACUGAACUGGACAUAAUUUUUAGAAGUUUGAGAUACGAAAGCAUCGACGUAGCAAAGGGAAGAUACGUUUCGUCUCACUAUUCCAUUCAAGGUGUUUACUGCAAAGGUGCCAUCGUAAACGAACCCAGCAGAAGUUUACCAGUUGCAUCGACAGUUCCACAUGUAGAAAACUACGAUGGACGUGUCGACGCCAGUCUGAGUCACUGGCUUGGCUUCGUGUCGGCUUUAACCGGUAGCGUGCUAAUAACUGUGGUGUUGUUUUCUUUAUAUAAAACGGGAAUUGCGGCCACCGUGUACGACCGGAUUAGGCACCGGGUGACAAACAGUUCUCUUAAUCCAGAAUAUAUUUCGUUAAAUAGUUAGUGUAGGACGCGUUGUUCUAAUUUGACGGUUUGUGAGAGUUAAUAAAUGUGCUGUGAAUUUUAAUAUAGGUUUGAAGUGCAAUUAUCAUUUUUGUUAUUGCUACCUACUAUUCGAUUUAUUUCAUUUCUCCACAAAUAUACUGCACACAGAUCCGUCAAAACUUUUUUAAUGUACCGGGUGGCCAAUUAAGAAGAGCGCUCUGUCGUAGUGUUGUGGAAUUAACUGGUCAAUUUUUUUGUGUCAAUUGACCAGUCAAAUGACCGAAAUAAUUUUAAAAAUACAAUGACAUUUAUAUUUAUUUAUUUAUGUUGUGCUUUACGUCGCUGUAGCGUCGUUUAAAAGUCGCUAUUUUUAUUGAGAUUCUCCGAAUCGCCAAGUAUCGUAUUCGGGUAUGCCUUGAAGAGGUUAUAGGUAAAUUGGACAUCUCAAUCGCAUAAUAAUUUAUUGUAAGAUACAUAUUAUAAUAAAUAGUGAUAGAUAAUACUCUCCAAUUGCAAGUUGUUAUUUAAGACAUUUUGAUAGCAUUUGUCAAUUGUGUCACUGAUGGUCAAUUGACCAGCCCCAACACUACUCUGCCCUCGGUGGAUUUGGAUUGCUCGUAUCGCCACUAGAGAGCGUUUUACGACAUCGCUAUAAAUAAAGUAUAUUUUCUCAAAGAAAUUUAAUGCACCGAUAUAAUUUUUUUGUGACAAAAGCUAGCUAAAUAAGCAUCCAACACGCUAGUGAAAAUUCAAAAUAAUAUCCCAUCUUUGGGAAUAUUUUUAGUAUACCUGCCAUUAUUAGAUCCUGAUUUUCGUUUUUUAGCAAUAUACAGGGCAUCCCAGUGAGGGCAACGAGAUACGAUAAUAGGGGGAACGGGAAAAAAACUAGGUAAACCGUCCGAGACAAAAUGCCGGAAAUAAUUUUCGAGGUUUCUAAAAAAAUUUUAACGUUAACCAUAGUUACAGUGAGAAUCUUUAAUAAACUUGGAGCCAUUAAAAAAUGCUUUUCCUAGCCUGCUAAUGGCAUACCAAUAUCUUUUUCCUAACCUAAAAUAUGAAUAAAAAAACUUAACGCUUCAGAAAAACUUCGAUUUUAGGAAAAAUUCGCAUUUUACUCCACUUACAACGCUUAUUUAAUAUUCCUUAAUAAUUUUUCUUCCGAAUUUCUAGGAUCAUCCGAUUCCCUAAUGCAGUACCUCGUCGUGCUUUCUGAGACACCCGGUAUAUAUACAUUUACAUUUUCUUUAUAAACAGAGAUUUACACACACUGAACUCAUUUUGUCAGAUUAUUUAAUGAGAUCUAGGCAUAUUUUGAGAAAAAUAUGUCUAAUUAUAUUAAGAUUAUUACAAUUUAUAGUCUAUUUUGUAUUUAUUUGUACAAAAUUGUCAACCUUAGAAUUGCUCGAUGCUGCAUUAAAACAGAAAGUUCGUAGUCUGUUAUUACUGUAAUAUAUUGAAUUCCAAUAUUUAGUUAUGACUUCUGGGUUUCUCGUGCACAGGUUGUUGAUAAAUUCAACUUGUUGACGUUUCUUCAAUCAUCCUGUUGACUUCUUCAGAGCUUAACUGAAACUAAAUGUGAUUGCACCCCCAAGUUAGAAUCUUACAAAUAGUUUCUAGCAUUUUCUCUUGGUUGCUUUUGUUUUUUCACCGACGUCACCCUUAGAAAAAACUAUCGGCCAAUCUUCCUGAAUCUUCAAAGUCCACCGUUUUUGAAUUAUUGCUAGAGAAAAAAAACAUGUCCA